AUGGCGGGAAUAACACCCGACCAAGCGUCCAAGGUUGUGGACGAUAUCCGGUUAAAGAAUGGCGGCAUCACUGAUGAAGAGAGACAGGCAACUCCGCCUGGUGUGCUAACAGCAUUGAAGAACAUCCAACAACAGCUAUCAAAAUAUCUACUCCCUCGUGACGGUUUGUCGCCAGACACAGAGUUUAUAUUCGACAUAAUUGGCGCUACAUCCUUGUUCAGCUAUAGCUGGGCUCUCGAAAAAGGGGCGAAGCCAUUUCUCACAUUUACCCUGCUUGCAGACCGACUAGUGAUUGAAUCGAACGACGAUGGAUGCACUGAAAGCGAUGUCAGGCUACUCUGUGAAAUUAAGCCGUCGUCAUCCAAGAAGACAAGCUGGAUCAGUGCCGAUUCUCUACGAAAGACAGUCAAGAUUGCCAGUAAAGUGCACAUCCAGUCCGGAGAGUUUUCCUUCUCUUUUCAACAGAAAGAAGGCGAUGGCAGACUAGGGAUGAUAACGCCAAAAAACGAAACAAAAGAGUCACUCCCGGAAAGUGUCCGAACACGGAUCACUCUUUUCCUCACUCAGUCCCAGAAAUUUGCUAUUCUAUCCAAACACAUCGAGGAGAUAUCAAACCGCGGAUUCAUGCUUUUUGAGUCCCAGUGCAAUAACUUCUCGUUCAAUAUCAACCCACCAAACGGUGAGCCAAGCCAUACAGCUCUCACAAUCGAGGGGGGCAAAUAUAACUGUUUACUUCUUACCAACCUUAAUGUUGCUAUUUGCGCACAGUUUAGGCCAGAGGAAUCGAAGACAGAAGCAAAUUCAAACAUAAACUAUUCUGCCCAUGAUAUCUUUGAAAGGAUAGCAGACGCUUUGUAUCAGGCAAUCAGUUCCAGUUUUCUGCGAUCUUCCAUGGAGUAUGAGUGGGUUCAGUAUAUUCCGAGGCCCAGUACAACAAAUCAAGAUUCUCAAAAAGUAGCACAAUACCUAUACAAGGGACUUAAAAUGGCUCCUUUAUUUCAAUCCCAGAAUGGAACAAGGAAGAUUCUAUCCUCACUUGUCUACUUGUUACCUUGUCAUUGUGACCAGCACAACCGGCCUUUGUUUGAAGAUCUGCAAGAUGAUGUGUACCUCUCAACCAGAUAUACAGAAUACAUUGACUACCUGAAGCCUCUUGGUGCACGGCAAAUCUCAGAUAAACAACUGCUGGAUAGGCUAAAGCCUUACUGGGCUGGUCCGAGUCCCCGAAUUCUGCAACUCAUGCUUUCUGAUGAUUGGCACAGCCGUGUGGCUGAAUUAAUCGUAUCAUGGCUGAAGACUGAGUCAAGGUCUUCCUUGGCAGACGAAAUUCGCAAACUCCCACUUCUUCCUUUAUCAGAUGGGACCUUAAUGCGAGCAGCGGACGUAUCCGCUGCUAAGGAACCAAGGAUGAUUAUCUUCCAUACUGACACCAGUGGUGCCACCAUUCCUCCGCUCUCACACUUACGUACCAUCGAACCGCUGGCUACAGUAAAUAAAGAGCGCCGACAGUUGUUCCGCGAACUUGGUGUUAUAUCCGCCUCCCCACUGCUUAUAUUCGAGGAGAUUAACAAAUGGAAGCUAUGGCUCGAAGAGAGACUUUCUAUUCGCACGGUUCCUAGGAUCAGACAUAUCCAUGACCACGAUCAACUUUCCCCUCUAUUUCAGGAAAUUAGAGAUCGUUGUCCGGGCAUCCUCCUUGGUGUUCUCAAGAGGCACUGGGCGGUUUAUGAGAACGAAAUGACACCCGCGGUUAAGUCUGCAAUCAAACAAGCAGUUGUCCCAACCCUCAGUGGCAGUACGAGGCUCGAUCAGACUUAUUACCCAUCACCUAAACUUCUGAAAAUUUGCGAACAACUUCUCCAGUCAACCAAGUUAUUGCCUUUUCUUACUGGCCUGGAAAGUAUGGGUCUGGAUAUCAAGAUAGACUUGAGUUUCCUGAAAAUAUUUGGCGUUACCUGCGAUGCGACGGACGUAUUCUUUCGAGGAGUAUUUGAACAGCUGCAUGCCAUGCCAAUGAGCAUUAAGAGUUCCAAGAUCUUUGUAAUGUACGAGCUACUGGCAGAGAGGCCUGUGGAUGAGAUACGUUCCUUUUUUAAGUCAGGACCAACUGUAUUUAUCCCGAAGGACACUGGGUGCAUUACUGAUACGAGCCUGUGUGUCUGGGAUGGCCCCCGAUGGCUAAAAUACAUCCAUGUCCUCUCUUCAUACAAUGAGUAUGCCCAGAACUCGAAGCUGAAGCGUCUUUUCCAAAAUACACUAUAUACUAUAAAAGCGAACCAUUCAACAUAUUGCAUAGAGUUGAACUUGGGUGUUACAAAAGUUAACGUUCAACAUAUCCACCAAAUAUACAGGGGCAUGUUUCAGGAUGUCGAAGACACUGAAAGCUUGAUGAGCCUCCGCGCCAACAUUGACAACGAUAAAUUAAUAUACGAUCCACAUUCGGAGAAGCGGUAUCCUCGAGGCCAAUGUAUUUGGGCUCCGACACGGAUUGGCAAUCAAAUUGGCCUCAGCGAAAUUUACCCAGACUUGGAAGAGUUUUUUGUCGACAGGCUUCUUAUUAAACCACCAUCUCUUGACACCUACUUCUCUCAGUUGAAAUCCUUAUCUACUGAGAACAGCGUCAAGUACGAUGACGUUAUUACCGCCAUUCGGAAUAUAAACGACUUUAAUCCCACCGAGCUCGACCUGGAACCUCUGAAAGCUGUCCAGUUUCUUCCCGUUAAUCGACACAAUCAGUCUCUUGAGGUUAGCUAUGUAUCCACCGCAGAAGAGUUCUUUAUCGUAGAUCGUGACGGCUGGCCGGCUCUGUUCUAUGAGAAAGUCCCUACACUUUCUAUGUCGCUGGAUGAGAUUCGGGGAAUAAGGCCAUUUCUAAACAGCCUAGGUCUAGACAAACGAUUCAUAUCCACAGCUGCAGUGAAGAAAACAGCAGUCUAUCCUAGACCCACUGAAAGCGCUCCGGGGCUUACUCGUGAAUUCAGAGAAAAGGCUAGAUUGUUAUGUCGGUGUGCCGUGUACUAUAGCGGUGUGAAAAGUAUAGCCGCUGAGGAGAUAUACAAUAUAUAUCGAAAUGCAAGGGUUUAUAAGAGCGCCUAUAUUGCUGCAAUCUACAGCUUGCAGCUACAAUCGGGUGAGCACGUUUCUGUGGAUGCAUACAGCAGACUACACGUGGAGUACUCCAACGAGCAACUGGAUUUAUUUGUACCAAGCGAUGCAAAUGAACGGCGCAUUUGUUACUCAGGGCAGCUUCCGGAGACUCUGACGAACUACUUGCCCAUAAAAAAUCCAGUCGCACGAGGCACUUUUACCACUAUUCUCCAACAGCCACUUGAUGUUUCGAACAGCAUCCUGGCAGAGGACGGCAUCCCUGAACUUCCGAAGCUCGAGUUGAUAAGCCCGGUAGUUGCCGAAAGUGAACACUCAGGCGAUGAAUCCCUGGAAGAGACGUCUUUCACGCCAACAGCUUCAAUGGCCGAGUGGCAUGAAAGUCAUAAGAAGGCACGCGCAUUAAGGGACGACUGGCUAUCUAAACGAUCGAAUAGUAAUGCUAGUACGCUAAAGGGAAGUGUUGAUUCCGAGAACGGGGUCAUUGAUAACCUCCAGUUAUCACUACGAGAUCUUAAACUUCCGGGUAGUUUCGAUCCAUGA